AUGGAGAAGAAGAGCGAGAUCAACGGGCACGCCGUGCCGGGCUCCGACUCCACCGAGCGCAUGGUGGAGAAGAGCGCGCGGGAGCGCGGCGCCGGCGCGCGGCUGCUGGGCUGCCUGAGGAGGAACCUGCUGGUCAUCCUGACCGUGUCCGGCGUGCUGGUGGGCGUCGGGCUCGGCAUGCUGGUCCGCGGCGCGGGGCUGAGCAGAGCGCAGAAGACCUACUUCGCCUUCCCGGGGGAGAUGCUGCUGCGCAUGCUGAAGAUGAUCAUCCUGCCGCUCGUGGUCUGCAGCCUCGUGUCCGGGGCCGCCAGCCUGGACACGCGCUCCCUGGGCAAGCUGGGGGGCAUCGCCGUCGCCUACUUCCUGGUGACCACCCUGAUCGCGUCGGGCAUCGGCGUGGCGCUGGCCUUCAUCAUCCAGCCCGGCGUGGGCGCGGGAGCGCUCAACACCAACAGCCUGGGGCUGGAGCGCGUGAGCAGCGACAAGGAGACCGCCGACUCCUUCCUGGACCUGGCCAGGAAUUUAUUCCCUGCAAACUUGGUGGCGGCGGCUUUCCGAUCUUACGCAACCGGAUACAAGAUGGUCCCUGUAGGGAAUCUCACCAAUGGGACGGCGCUCUAUGAAAAGGUUCCGGUCGGCACAGAAGCAGAAGGCAUGAACAUUCUGGGUCUGGUUUUGUUCGCCAUGGUGUUCGGCGUGGCGCUGAGGAAACUGGGAGACGAGGGAGAGGAGCUCAUCCGCUUCUUCAACGCUUUCAACGAGGCCACCAUGGUGCUGGUGUCCUGGAUCAUGUGGUACAUCCCCUUUGGAAUCAUGUUCCUGGUGGGGAGUAAGAUUGUCGAAAUGGAAGACGUGGUUCUCCUCGUCACCAGCCUGGGGAAAUACAUUUUCGCGUCGAUCCUGGGCCACGUCAUUCACGGAGGCAUCGUACUCCCCCUCAUUUACUUCGGCUUCACUCGCAAGAACCCCUUCAGCUUCCUGUCCGGCCUCAUCACGCCCUUCACCACGGCGUUCGCCACCUGCUCCAGCUCGGCCACUCUUCCCUCCAUGAUAAAGUGUGUGGAGGAGAACAACGGCGUGGACAAACGCAUCAGCCGCUUCAUCCUUCCCAUCGGCGCCACGGUCAACAUGGACGGGGCGGCCAUUUUCCAGUGCAUCGCCGCCGUCUUCAUCGCGCAGCUCAACAACACGGAGCUGAACGCUGGGCAGAUCUUCACCAUCCUGGUGACGGCCACGGCCUCCAGUGUGGGAGCGGCAGGAAUCCCGGCCGGCGGCAUCAUCACCAUCGCCAUCAUCCUGGAGGCCAUCGGCCUGCCCACCAACGACCUGUCCCUCAUGCUCGCAGUCGACUGGAUCGUGGACCGGACCACCACGGUGGUGAACGUGGAGGGGGACGCGCUGGGCGCGGGAAUCCUCCACCACAUCAACCAGCAGGAGCUGAAGAAGCAGCAGCAGCAGCAGGAAGGAGGCGGCGAGCUGGCCGAGGUCCGGGUGGAGGCCGCCGCCAACACGGAGGCGGAGGAGGAGAGCUCGCCGCUCGUCACCCACCAGACCAAAGCCCUGGAAGCCAUGCCCGAAGCCAUCGAGUCCGUUCUGUGAACCGAGCCAGACUGCUGCUCUCCAGU